GCCGCCGCCGUCGUAGUCGUCGUCGUCGCCGCCGCUGCCCGCGCCGCCCUGCCCGCGCCGCGCCUCGGCCGCCGGGACGGGGUAGCCGUCGGGGACGCCUAGAGCACGGGCUCCCCCUCACCCCGAAUUCAGCAUGAUGGACUUGGAGCUGCCGCCGCCGGGGCUGCCGUCCCAGCAGGACAUGGAUUUGAUUGACAUACUUUGGAGGCAAGAUAUAGAUCUUGGAGUAAGUCGAGAAGUAUUUGACUUCAGUCUGCGACGAAAGGAGCAUGAGUUGGAAAAACAGAAAAAACUUGAAAAGGAAAGACAAGAACAGCUGCAAAAGGAGCAAGAGAAAGCCUUUUUUGCUCAGUUACAGUUAGAUGAGGAAACAGGAGAAUUCCUUCCAAUUGAGCCAGCCCAGCACAUCCCUUCAGAAACCAGUGGAUCUGCCAACUACUCCCAGGUUGACCACAUUCCCAAACCAGAUGCUCUCUAUUUCAAUGACUGCAUGCAGCUUUUGGCAGAGACAUUCCCGUUUGUAGACGACAAUGAGGUUUCUUCGACGACGUUUCAGUCACUUGUUCCUGAUAUUCCCAGCAAUAUAGAGAACCCCGUCUUCAUCGCACCUAACCCAGCUCCAGCAUCCGAAACCGAUGUCCUUCUGCCCACCGUUUCUGAUUUAAACAAUAUGCAGCAGGAUAUUGAGCAAGUGUGGGAGGAGCUAUUAUCCAUUCCCGAAUUACAGUGUCUUAAUAUUCAAAAUGACAACACCAGCACAGUUCCAAGUCCAGAAACCAAACUGGUGGAAAUGAACAACAAUUACCCCUUCUACUCCUCGGUUCCUUCACUGGAAAAGACAGCAGGUAACUGCAGUCCGCAUUUCCUCGGUGCUUUUGAGGAUUCUUUCAGUGGCAUCCUCUCCACAGAGGAGCCCAGCCAGCUGACUGCGAACUCAGUUGAUUCCGAGGCCCCUAGCAGCACCGAUUUCGGUGACGAGUUUUAUUCUGCCUUCGUCGCCGAUCCCAGCACCAGCAGCAGUGUGCCCUUCUCUGCGACACUCAGCCAGUCCCUCUCUGAACUUCUGAAUGAGCCCAUUGAUGUGUCCGAUCUCUCGCUCUGUAAGGCUUUUAACCAGAAUCACCCCGAAAGCACAGCAGAAUUCAAUGACUCUGACUCUGGCAUUUCGCUGAACACAAGUCCUAGCCUGGCCUCUCCGGAACACUCGGUGGGCUCCUCCGUCUAUGGAGAUACUUCACUGGCCUUCAGUGAUUCAGAAAUGGAAGAGCCGGACAGCACACCUGGAAGCGUCAGGCAGAAAGGUCCUAAAACACAACCAGUGCCGUCUGCUGUGGAUCCGGCCCCACCCCAGUCACCAUCUCAGGGGCACAGUGCCCCCAGGCACGAUGCCCAGUGUGAAAGCCCCCCCAAGAGAGAGCUGCCGGUAGGUCCUGGGUGCCGAAAAGCCCCAUUCACCAAGGACAAGCAUUCAAACCGCCUAGAGGCUCAUCUCACGCGAGAUGAGCUAAGGGCAAAAGCUCUCCAGAUCCCAUUCCCCGUAGAAAAAAUCAUUAACCUCCCCGUGGACGACUUCAAUGAAAUGAUGUCGAAGGAGCAAUUCAAUGAGGCUCAGCUUGCACUGAUUCGAGACAUACGAAGGAGAGGUAAGAAUAAAGUGGCGGCUCAGAAUUGCAGGAAAAGAAAACUAGAAAAUAUAGUAGAACUAGAGCAAGAUCUGGAUCAUUUAAAAGAUGAGAAAGAAAAGUUGCUCAAAGAAAAAGGAGAAAAUGAUAAAAGCCUCCAUCUACUGAAAAAACAACUCAGCACGUUGUAUCUCGAAGUCUUCAGCAUGCUCCGUGAUGAGGAGGGAAAGCCUUACUCCCCUAGUGAGUACUCCUUGCAGCAGACAAGAGAUGGGAAUGUGUUCCUUGUCCCCAAAAGUAAGAAGCCAGAUGUCAAGAAAAACUAGAUUCGAGACAAGCUGGCCUUUUUUUCUGAGCUAGUUGUUUGGGGUGGUUUUUUGGUUGGUUUUUAUUUUUGUACUGUUCUACUAAAAGCUCCUACUGUGAUGUGAAAUGCAGAAAUACACAUAAGCAAUCCUAUGCAAAAUUUAGUCAAAACUAGUAUAGAAAAUAAUAUAAAACUUUAAUUUUAAAAGCAUUAAAAGAAGUUAUCAGUAUGCUGAAUCAGUAGUUUUACUUUAACAGUAACUUUAAUUUCUUAGGAAACAAUUUGGGCUAGUUUCUGUAUAAGUGUAAAUACAGCAAAAAUUUCUUAUUUAUACUGUUCUUAUAUCAUUUGUUACAUUCAUAGAUUUAUAUGAUAUGACAUCUGGCUAAAAGCGAAUUGUAAAACUAACCACUAUGUACUUUUUUAUAAAUACUGUCUGUACAAAAAAAAAGGCAUUUUUUAUAUUAAAUUGUUUAUUUCUCGCAAAAAAAAUUUAGUUGAAAAGCUGGUACUAAUAAAGGAAUAUGACUGUUA